UGGCCUCAGGUUUAGCAAAAGUAGUGGAUUGGAGUAUUGCUUUAGUUACAGAUGGUCCAACAAAAUUACGUGCGGCAGAAAAUUCUGCGAAAGAAAAAAAAUUGAAAAUAUGGUGCGAUUAUAUAACUAAAAGCAAGGCCGGUGGUGAUGAUCAUGAGUUUGAAGGAACGGUAACGCGUAUUAUCUCUGGUGAUACUCUUUGCGUAAAGGUAAAUCGCACUGGUGUUGAAAAGAAAUUACAAUUAUCUAGUAUACGACAGCCUAAGCCAAAGGAUCCUAAGUUGCCAGGAUAUAACUUUGAGGCUAAAGAGUUUCUAAGAAAGGAAUUGAUAGGAAAAACGGUUCGCGUAACCAUUGAUUACCAAAAACCCGCCGUAGAAGGAUAUGAAGCGAGGGAAUGUGCUACUAUUAAACUUGGGGAUUUUAAUCCAGCGGAAAAACUUCUAGAAAAUGGAUUGGCGAAUAUUAUAAGGCACAAAAAAGAUGAUGAUGAUCGCUCGAGCUGUUAUGAUGAACUUUUAGUUGCGGAAAAAAAAGCACAAACGUACGCUAAGGGAGUUCAUAGCACUAAAGAACCACCAUUACAUAGAUUUAAUGAUGCCUCAGAGAUUCAAAAUUAUAAAAUGACUUUUAUCAUUGGUGGAAUUCGCGUACCCAGAUUGGGUAAAUCUUCCACUGAAAAACCGGAACCAUUUGCUGCUGAAGCACUUGAAUUUGCAAAUCGUAAAUUAUUACAACGAGAUGUUGAGAUUGAAGUUGAAAAUGUUGAUAAGACAGGAGGUUUCAUUGGUACUCUCUGGAUAAAUAAAACAGAAAAUUAUGCAGCAUCAUUAUUACGAGAAGGAUUUGCGAAAACCCACG